AGUGUGCUCUGCCCCUUUCUUUCUUUCCUCCCCUGCAGCCGUUGCGGUGUCCAGCUGCCAGCUUUCUGCCUGGAUCUCUGUCUCCUCAUUUCUCCAGUCUCCUCAGACAGAAGCCCUCGGGGUAUGUAACAGCCAUGCCUGUGGACACGCUGACUCCGGGAGCCCGAGACACCCCAGCCCUACCUUUCCGCCUACAGACCAAGGUCCCCAGCUACCCGCUACAGCGGCCAGCAGACUGUGGAGCCCGGAAACCUAGUGCUGUAGAGCGCCUGGAGGCCGACAAGGCCAAGUACGUCAAGAGCCUGCAAGUGGCCAGUACCCGCCAGGAACCUGUGCAGCCCCUGCUGUGCAAACAGCCACUCUUCAGUGCUGGAACUCGCCGCACGGUGCUCACGCCUAGCCGCCGAGUCCUGCCUGGCCCCGGCCGCCGGCCCCAGCUGGACCUGGACAUCCUGAGCAGCCUCAUCAACUUGUGUGAUAGUCCUGUGUCCCCUGCUGAGGCCAGCCGUACCCCCGGACGGUCAGAGGGGGCCCGCCAGGCUCCCCCAGCCACCCCCCCACGCCCACCACCCAGUAUUGCUGCAGUCCGCCGAGUGGAUGUCCUUCCCCUGCCGGCGUCACCUGCCCAGCCCUGCCCAUCACCAGGCACUGCCGCCACCUCUAGCCCGGCCCGGCCCCCAGGUUUGCAACGCUCCAAGUCAGACCUGAGUGAACGCUUCUCCCGGGCAGCAGCUGACCUGGAGCGAUUUUUUAACUUCUGCGGCCUGGACCAGGAGGAGGCACGGGGAUUGGGUGUGGCCCACCUAGCCCGGGCCAACUCAGACAUCGUGUCCCUGGCUGGGCCCAGUGCUGGGCCGGCUAGCUCCGAGGGGGGCUGCUCCCGCCGCAGCUCUGCCACCAUCGAGGAGCUGGCUCGGGAGCGCGUCCCCUAUGGUGUGUCAGUGAUAGAGCGCAACGCCCGGGUGAUCAAAUGGCUGUAUGGGUUGCGACAAGCGCGGGAGACUCCAGCAGCUGAGGGCUAGGCCUCCAUGGGACUCGACAUUCGCCACGGGACAGAUCUUACAGAAGCCAUAGGCCCCUUGACCUCUCCUGCAUCCAUUCCCUUGCUUGGGGCAGACCAGAGGCUGCUGCCUCGUGUGAACUUGCUAUAGAGGCAAAGGCUCAGAGGCUGGACCAGCAUCCAUCUGACAAGGACUGACCCGGAGAGAGUUGGCUCUUGACUUUGGACUACCGCCUACGACUCACAUGUAGGGUUUUGACAUGGAUGUACCCCUGCUUGUAGGUUUGGAUUUGGGGCACUUAGCCCUUCCCACUGAGAGUGAGGGACUAAGGGAUCUCACCAGAGCUGUCUACCCAGCAGCUCUGUUUCUUUCUUCCUUCCUUGGCCUCUGUCCUUUACUGACUUCCUCUUCCUUACCCAGUGGGCCUUGGUUCCCUGGGAACUCACCCUGGGGUGGGGGUAGGAAGGAGUGGCCUAUCCACAUUCUUCAAGGGGCUUGCCAGCCUGGGCCUAGGUGGGUAGACUACAGAAAGGACUGGUAGGAGUCUGCACUGCUCUGACUUCCCUCCUCUUGGUUAAUAAAC